CAUAUUGAGCUAAAAUGGUAGAGACUCUAUUGCAGUGAUUGCUGGGAAGAAGAACUGCAGUCGGGAUUGGGACUUUGGAGAGGGUGGUAGCAAUCUUAAAAGGUACUUGCAAAGAAAACUGCAAUCUCGUUUUGGGAUAUUAAUCCUACUGCAACGUGAACAUUAUCACUGUAACAUCUUUCUCCAGACACAAUGGCUGACAGUGAGCUAUUCGAUGACCCAGAGAAGCUGAAGAGAGGUCUCAUAAAGGUUCUUGAAUGUGUGGCCACCAUCUCUUCUGCAGCAGCGGUGGUCAAUCCCAUCUUCGGCGUGGCUGGAUCUCUCAUCCGGGUUGUGCUUCACCAAGUGGACGACGAAGAUCUCCAGAAACUCAAGCGCGAGUUCGGAAGCGUGAAUCGAGCCCUGGAUGACAUUUCACAUCAGAACCGUCAAGCCCUGCAGCAGAUCCGUAAGGAAACGGUGGACAAACAGUACGGCCAGAUUGAAGAAAACCUUCGCAACCAGUUCCGCAAAUUCAUUGAGAUCGUGGAGGCGAAGCCGGAGCACAUGCAACGCAAGAAAGAGGAUUUCAUUGAGAGUUACAUGAAUGACAACGAAGACCAAAACAUGCACACCCUUUACGAUGGUGUGAUGGGGAAACGCAAACUCUUCAGCCGGCCCAUUCUGGAAGUGUACAUGAAGCAUUCGCAUGGUGACCCGAGGGUCAUGGAGAACCUCUGCACUCGACUCGCAUACCUCUUCUGCAUCGGUUUCAUUGCUAUGAUGGGUUACUAUGCCCUCAUAGAAGAUGACGUGGAAUCUCGGAAUGAGGAGUGGGAAGAAAAGAUGAAGAACGUGCAGGAGAAGAUGCAGGAGGUGCUGAGGAGGUGCAAGUGAUUUCUUUAGCACAACCGAUGGUUUUUACAAUCUUGCUGGCAUGCUUUCCUUGCUGUUCCCACUUUAAUAGACCGUCAUUGAUCUAAAGCAACUAAUGCAGCUUUACACUCCUGCUGACUGCAGGUUAUGCCGAAAACACAUAGUGAUGCUUCUCAUUUACUUGGUAGUUUACAUUGGCUCAAUUUGGCAAUGCAAGUAAAAAAAUGGUUCACACUUUAAAUGCUAAAUUACUGUAUAAUCAUCAACAUUAAAUAGUUAAAGAAAGUUAUAUUAGAUUCGUAAGAUCACUCGUGUGACACACAUAUUGUAUUAUAAUCAGCUUUACAUAAUAUUUUUUAUAUUAAGAUAAAAUCUGAAAGGAAAUGUCUAUAGGUUUUUUAUUUCUUUCUGAAAGGAAGUUUAUGUGUUUCUGCUUUAUCUCUUUCUAUUUUCACUUUCAUAACAGAUGUAUUCAUUUUUUUGCUUCCACUGCAGCUCCUCGUAGAUCUACAAUGAAUCUUUUUCUUUAGCAUUCCUUUACAUCUUUCAUUAUAGAUAAAUGACAGCUAUGAAGUUCAUCUGGAUCAUCGUGUUUGUUGAACAAUUAUUUACCCAUUCAAUAUAUAUAUAUAUAUGUUCAUGUGCUUUUUGAAUGUCUGUACAAUACUUCUCAGACACUUCUUGUAAAUUUUCUUUUGGAAUGUUUACAGUACUUCUGUAUAAUGCUGUUACGGUUUUCAAUAAAGAUACAGAAUAAAAAUAA